AAAUAAGGACGUACAUUUCAUUUGGGUGCAGUGUUGCAUGACCGCACAAUUGUCAGUUAAAGUAACACAGCGCCAUAACGCAAAAAAUGGACUGGUCAUGAAGGGGGGUAAAUCCUCAGGAGGGCAAGUGAGAGAGGGGGGGGGGAGAGGGGAGGGGGGAAAGGGGGGAGAGGGGAGGGGGAAGGGGGGGGGAGGGAAGGGGGGGAGAGGGGGGGAGGGAAGGGGGGGAGAGGGGGGGAGGGGAAGGGGGGGAGAGGGGGGGAAGGGGGGGAGAGGGGGGGGGGGAAGGGGGGGGGAGAGAGGGGGGAAG